GGGCCCGGGCGCGCACAUGGCGCUGCGGAGCCGCCGGCGGAGACCGGCUCCAGCCGGUAUAUAAGGGCUGGGAGCUGAGAGCCGAGCAGCCGCCGCCGCGGGCAGCGGGAGCAGCAGCGGCCGGAGGCCGGCGGGCGGGUAGGCAGGCAGCGGGGCCGCCUCCUCUCGCCGCCCCGCCGAGGGUCCCCGGCCAUGGGCAGCCCCUAACCCCGCCGCAGCAGCCAGAGCCGCCGAUCAGAAAAAUGACUGUCAAAGCUGUAAAAAUGCCGUGCACUGCUCCAAAUGUUUAUGCUAAAGUGCCUGAUGGAGGAUGGGGUUGGACAGUUGCUUUUGCUUUCUUCUUUGUGGAAGCUCUAACGUACGGCAUUAUCAAAUCGUUUGGUGUCUUCUUCAACGACCUGAUGGAAAGCUUUGAUGAAACCAACAGCAGGAUAUCCUGGAUAAUAUCCAUAUGUGUGUUUGUCCAGACCUUCACAGCUCCUCUCUCCACGGUGCUCAGCAAUCGCUUUGGUCACCGCUUUGUGGUGAUGGCUGGAGGGGUUCUGGUCAGCACAGGCAUGGUCACUGCCUCCUUUGCCCGCAGUGUUGUGGACAUGUAUGUCACCAUUGGCAUCAUCUCUGGCCUUGGAUACUGCCUCUCUUUCCUCCCGACUGUCACCAUUUUAUCACAGUAUUUUGACAAAAGACGUUCGCUGGUCACAGCAGUGGCUUCUACAGGGGAAUGUUUUGCUGUUUUCUCCUUUGCACCAGCAAUUACUGCUUUGAAGGAGCAGAUUGGCUGGAGGUACAGCCUCCUUUCUGUCGGGGUGCUACAGCUGAGCAUUGUCAUCUGUGGAUCUCUGCUGCGACCCAUCCUCAUCAAGGAGCAAGAAGAAGUGAAAGUGCAGCCUCCAGAAGAGCCCACGGAGACAAAGUACAUGCUUGAAAACGAGCAAACACGCACCUCAAUAGAGUCCAUAGACUCAGGAGUAGAAAUAACUACCUCACCCAGCAAUGUGCCUGGAAAAACCAAAGCGGAGCCGAAAAGUGAAGAACCAAAGGAACCCGUGCAGAUACUUGUUGAAAAUAACAGCACCCCUCCAGAACCAAAAACCAAACUACUGGACUUUUCUGUGAUGAGAGACUAUAGCUUUAUCUGUUAUGCAUUCUUUGGCCUGUUUGCUACCCUGGGCUUCUUUGCUCCUUCCCUCUACAUCAUCCCCCUGAGCCUCAGCCUUGGCAUUGGCAAAGACCACUCUGCCUACAUCCUCUCGGCCAUGGCCAUCGCAGAGGUCUUUGGAAGAAUUUCAGCUGGCUGGGUCCUCAACAAAAAACCCAUCCGCAAGAUCUACAUCGAACUCAUCUGCGUUGUCCUGCUCUCUGUAGCCUUGUUUGCCUUCCCUUUUGCCUCUGAGUUCUGGGGCUUGAUGAUAUGUAGCAUAUUUUUUGGGUUCAUGCUCGGGACGGUAGCGGGCACGCAUAUCCCCCUCCUGGCAGAAGAUGAUGUGGUUGGAAUUGCAAGGAUGUCUUCUGCUGCUGGGGUCUACGUCUUCAUUCAAAGCUUAGCUGGGUUGGCUGGACCACCCCUUGCAGGUGUCUUAGUGGAUACAACUCAGAACUACAGCUCAGCCUUCUACUCCUGUGCUGCUGGCAUGGUCCUGGGUGCUGUGUUUCUGUCCCUGGUGAGGCCAUGCAAGGUUGGGCUGUGCCACCACCACCAGCAGCAGCAGCAGCAGCAACAGCAAGGUGCAGAGGAGAGCCCAGGGGGGGUCGUGUCAGACUUGCCAGAUGACUUUAUUGACAUGGAUAUUGGAAAAGCAGAACAUUCAGGAAAAGGCUGUGAUGGUGUGGCAUAAGGAAAAAAAAAAUCUGUUCCUUCUCCAUCUCAUGUACUCAGUGUAAGACUGGGAGGGGGGGAGGAAAAAAAAAACCAAUCAGCUCUGCUCCACGUUUUAAAACUACAUUCUAAGGAGAAUGUGAAAUUUUAAAUGUGAACAGUUGCUACCAACAAAUUUAUUUUUUUUUUUUUAAUUAUUAGAAGGAAUUUUUUUUUUUUUUUAACCAACAAUGGAAAUCUCCAUAGAAAAUAUGGAUAGCCACAUAAGAAUAACUUCUGCCUAGCAUGAAGAUGUGAUGCACACACUCCUGCUUUCCCAGUAACAAGCAUAGGGAAAAGUUUGAUCCCAGAAAAGCUGACAACAGCAGAAGCAGCUCAGCCUCUGACUGUCCUCACCCAUUCCCUUACUGCAGAUUUCACACAGAUGAGCAUUUCAGACACCACCAGUAGCCAACUCAAUCUUCCUCUGGAAGGAUCUAGACUUUUUUAGAUCUGAGGAGGAGGAGGCUAGGCUAGAUAGCUGACUUAAACCAUUGCUAAUGUUCUAAUUAACUUGAAAGUCACAAAUGCUGGGAAAUUGGAGGCUCCAUAUGUCCUUACGGCCAGUUCUUACUGCACAUGUUUCAUAAGAUGAUUUUUCUUCUCCUGAUUGGUAUCCUUGAAACUUUUUUCUCUUGAUAGUUAGAUCUGAUGUACUGUUUCUAAUUUAACUAGUAUUUAUUAAUUUAUUCUAAGGUUGUUAAAGGAGGUUAGCUUAAUUAACUAGAGAGGAAAAAUCAUCUUUUGCAUAAUGGAAAGCUGUCUUUACACCGAUCUCUUCAAUACCUAUCUUGCAUUGCUAGCUUGUGAAAUUGUUGGGAAACUUACUCUUAUGUAGCUGUUUUUAAUAGGUAGGUCUUAGGUAACCCAGUUAUUAUUUAAAGAAGAAAAAAAGCAAAAAAAAAAAAAGCAAAAAAAAAAAAAAAAUUAACUACAGCUCCAGCAUCUUUUUCCAGAAGGCCUCAGCUGGUGUCAGCAGACCCAGCUGGGCUGCCCCAACCAGCCCAACCCACAGGGAGGAUUUGGCCCAGGAUGUCUUAAUGUACCUGAAACCUUCACUUACAAGUGCACAAAAUCUUUUACCCCAUCACAGACUGAAUGUGGAACCCCCUGCAUCCCUCAGCCUCUCACCAUCUGCUGCACCCAGGGGGAAGGGGGUGCAGGGAGCCUGAAUCAGGACCCUUCCCCAUCUCCCCCCAAAGCCAGUGAGAAGGGUUUUUUUUUUUUCUUUUUUUUGCUGCUGACUUCAGUGAGGAAUGCAGUGGAGCCUGUGCACAUUGAAGGGGCCAACAAGAGAUGAGGUACUAGCUGUUCAUUUAGUCUUAAUGGGAGAGAUUCCUCCUCACAGCACCCCAUGCUUGCUUACCCCACCUGUAUGCAUCCUAACGCCUCUAGGCAACUCAGGGGGACAAAUAAAUCAAGUCUGGUUUGGUUUGCAAGGUACCAAACCAACAUUUCUGUCUAUUUAAGUGGAAGUGGCAUCCUCAUUAACAGCUACACUGACCUGUCUUGGAUUUUACCAGCCAUAGAAACGUGGGACAAUCUGUUAAAAAAAAAAAAAAAGCAAACCCACAACUUUUUUAUUUUUAUUUUUUUGGGGGGGAUGGUGCUCGAUUUUUAUUUUUUUUUCUGUCUUAAAUGUCCAAAAAAAACCAAAAAAAAAAAAAACAGGCACACUCUUUACAACCAAGUGGCUACUAGAGCAAUUCAUCCUCACUGCCCGAGACCUUCAGUCUCGUGUCCUUCCUCUGCCUCAGCACUUUAUCACCUCCAGCAGAACCUCGCUGCGUUGCACCCAGGACUGGAAGACCCCUUAGAGACAAAAAUCAGUGAGUAAAGGAACAAAACAACCCCUCGAGGUGUACUUGUUUUUUUUUUUUUUAUUUAUUGUUAAUUUAUGAUACUUCAAGCAUUUUGGUAAACGUUCUGUAGGAUUGUGAGAUGAUUUCAAGUCUUUUUGUGAUACGAGACCUCACUACAGCACUUUGCUAGGACAACUCUGCUUGGAAGUAGAAUCAGGCCUCCAGGUUUUGCGUGUGUGUGGAAGCUCCCUGUUCUGCAGAUUUGUGGGGUUCUACUGUAAUUUUUUUUUUUUUUUAUAUAUAUAUAUACAACGAUUUCCAAUACAGCUCAAAUAAUAAUGUUUGUCACUGACCUCACCUUUCUGUUCCUGUCUGUGUCGUGGCACGAGCAGGGGAGCGAGUGAGAAUGUGUGUGUGCAGGCACCCAGACCCAGAAGGAGGCUUUAAAGCCUUCAGAGCAGGAUUUACUGAUUUGUUUGUAACGUACCUAGUGGACUCUGGAAAUACUCUAAAACACUGAGUUUUGCAAUAAACUUUUUUUUUUUUUU